GACUCUGUGUCUCUCCAGUGUUUUGUUGCUAUGAUCUCACUUUGUCUGUUUAGACAACAAACAGGACUAUUCUCCACCUAACAGGUGAUCUGCUGUUUGAUCCGUUUGAAGGUUGGUGUUGCUGAUCCAGGUGCUGAGGUGGUCUGACAGGAACAUGGCAAAUCCAUAUAGCUCUUACAUCAGACAGCAGUCCCUCUGGAUCUACCUGACCACCAGUCACACCACCAGACUACCAGUUCCCUAGAAACACACUGUAACACACUGUAACAGACUGUAGAGACAACAUGGACACAGCUCUGAUGGUUACUCAGGAGGAGCAACAGUCUCUGGUCAUGUCAGCAUCACCUGGUAGGACCUUCUCGACACAGACACAGACAACGGCACAGACACAGGUACAGCAACAGACACAACCAGAGACACAGACACACCAGUCCUCCUCAGAAUGUGCUCCAGGGUCUUCUCAUGAUGACGACAGCUCCAAAGAGAGCAGUGAGGAUGUCUGUCUGCCUGGACCUCUAAGCCUGGAGCUGUCGAAACUGGAACUAGACCACCAGGACACAACCCAGCAGGACAGGGAGGCUGGUAGUGACUAUAACAGUACUGGAGCUCCUGGGAUAGAGGGAGAACUAGCUGUUACUACUGGAGGUCCAGGAGGGCCAGCAGGGCCAGAAGAGUCUGGUUCUGAUGUCUCCCCUCCUGACCCUCUAGACCCUGUCCAGAUCGUCUGUCCCGCGGGUCUCCUCAGUGAGCCAGGCAGUGUGACAUCACCAUUGCCUGAUGAUGCCAAUAACAAUGGAUUGGAUUUACACAGCACUUCUCCAGCUGAGGACCCCUGCCUUGCCUCCAAUGUUCCUUCUCCUAGGACAGAGGGAAGUGUGGAUGUUCUUGCUCCUAGGAUAGAGGGAAACCUGGAGGUUGAGGAAAGUGAAAGACCUGUAGAAUCAGGACAUACACUGGAUGCUAACCUAUCUGGUCAGCUAGAGGACAUGGAGCUGGGGCAUACCUCACCCAGGCAGACAGAGACCGACAUGGAGCUAGAGGAGGAGUCACCCAGGCGGACAGAAACAGACAGCCAGCCUGGGGACCACUCAGAGGGGCCUGUGGAGAACGGACAUGUCCCUACUGGUCUGGAACACACAGAAGACAACCAUUUCCCCGUCCCUCCAGUCCCCACAGAGAAUGGACAUAUCCAUACCCUUCUGGUCCAAUCAGAGACAGAGGUCAGCCACAUCACUAUCUCUGUGGUCCAAUCAGAGGCUUUUAGCUCCAUCCCUUCUCUAGUGGUCAGUGUCGACAACAACAUGGAUCCCUUCAGACCUCCCUCCCUCCCCCUGGCCCUCUCUGAGGCCCCCUUGGCGGGGCUAGGCCUCUGCAAUCACCCCCGCAUCAUCAAACACAAACCUAGCUCCAUCACCUUCUCAGACUACACCUGUAGUCCCUCCACCUGUCACUCUAGCACCGACCACAGCGUUUUCAUCAAUGACAGCUCCGACUGCAGGGAGUGUACCUCAGAGGAGGAUGAUGAAGGUGAUGAUGAUGAAGAUGGGGAUGAUAACGACAUAUUCCCAGAGCUGCUUCAGAGCAGGGAGUUCCUGGUCAGUCGGAGGAGAAGGAGCAGCAACAGAGACAAAGUAGUUAAGAAGAGAGGAUCUAUGCGUCCCCAGGCUGAGGCACCAGUCAGGUCUACAUCCAACACUACAGCCAGCUCCCACCUCUCCUUCUACUCUUCCUCCAAAAACCAGAGCCACAGCGGCUACGACGCAGAGACUGAGAGCAGCAGCACAGAAGAGUCUCCCCUGGUCCAGCCUCAGUCCCCGUGGUGUGAGUCUAUGAGCCAGCUGAUGAGGAAACUGGACCAGCUCAACCUGGACAUAGAGGAGGCUCUGAGUGCAUCAUCCUCCCCCUCGGACACACCCUGCACCGCACGCAGACAACAGAUGUGCAGUAAGAUGACCAAUGCAGGAGCAGAACUCGAGGCGAAGGAGGCGUGUGAUUGGCUACGAGCGGCAGGAUUCCCCCAAUACGCUCAGCUCUUUGAAGACUCUCAGUUCCCCAUUGACAUCUCUCCUGUAAAGAAAGACCAUUACUUUCUGGACAAAGACCUGGUGGAACCUCUCUGCAGACGACUCAACACCUUGAACAAGGUUGCCUCUAUGAAAAUAGACGUCAACCUUCCUAAGAAAAAGAGUGAAGACUCUGAUGAGGAGGACCUGUUUGCCAUCAGUGACAGAUGGACGUUUGAGUGUACGAGCCGCCGCUGGUCCAGACUAAAGGGGGAGGGGCAGAGUCCCAGGGAAUGGGAGGGGCGGGGCCUGCGGACCACCACCAGUAGUGAGAGUGUUCUAACUGACCUCAGUGAACCAGAUGUCUCAUCUCUCCACAGUGAGAGCAGUGGGGGGAGUGGCCAACAAGCCGUGAGCACAGAGGACUCAGACUGUUCUAACCGGAACAACUCCGACUCUGCAGCCAUGCCUGAACCUGACUCCACAUCCCUUAACCUGCCACAACUCCCUAAGCACCUCCCUUACUACGGCUCGCUGCCUGCCAAAAACGGCCGCGCCAGACAGACCCGUGCCAAGGACUUCCUGCACCGCAUGGAGACGCUACGUUCCCGGGGCACGCUGGGUAGGGGGAGGAGCAAGAUGCUGGUGAUCAGCGCUCCGGUACUGCAGACAGAGCCGCAGGCCCUGAAGACGCUGCGCUGCAUGGAGAUCACCAAUGGGGACGGGUCGGGGGCGGUGGAGGUACCCACUGGGGGACCAACCCUAGGGCUAAUCCCCCAGUGCCCCUCCAGCAGCGAGGGCAGCCACUCCAGUGGCAGCACCGUCUCCUCCCCCAGUCUGAAGGAGAGGAAGCCCCACUCCCAGCGGACAGACCGGUCUGACGCCAAGCGCAGUGGCAUGUAUCUGGAGGACUUGGCCGUGUUCUCCAGCCUGCAGCAGAACAGUGGCGUGGCCCAGGGGAAGAGGGGCGUGGCCGAACACAAUCGGCGUAACGAGUUCCGCUCCUACGAGGACCUGGUGGUCCACAUCCCCAAAGACCACAAGCCUGGCACCUUCCCCAAGGCCCUGUCCAUAGAGAGCCUCUCCCCCACCCUGAGGGCCUCCGUCCCCUGUCACAGCGAUAGCGUCAACUCCCUGGAGCCCCAGUCCAACCCCUACCCCCACCCUAACUCAAACCCCAGGGAGUUCCACCACCGCCCGGUCACCCAGUGCUGCCCGCGGGGCAGUAGGAUCAGUGUGUACGACAACGUCCCUGGGUCUCACCUCUAUGCCUCUACUGGAGACCUGCUGGACCUGGAGAAGGAAGACCUGUUCCCCCACCUGGAUGACAUCCUGCAGCACGUCAACGGUCUGCAGCAGAUAGUGGACCACUGGUCCAAGAACAUGCUGCCCUCUGCAGGCCUGGAUGGACAGGGGAUCCAGCCUGCAGGUCUGCAGUCCUCCAGCCAGAUCACACUGGACUUUGAGGGGACGUCUGUUCUGGAGGGACAGAGCACAUCCAGUGACGGGGACAGAGACGGUGUGUCCCUCAAUGAGACUCACUGUACAGGACACAGAGAGAGGAGGGACUCAGGGGUGGGAGCAUCACUAACCAGACCCAACCGUCUGCGAUGGCCCAGCUUCCAGAUGUCCAACCGGCUCAGCCACUCAGUGGCCUCGCUCCAGAUCACCAACCAAUCAGCAGGCCAGCUCAGCCUGCUGCAGAAGUUCUCUCUCCUCCGCCUCACUGCCAUCAUGGAGAAAUACUCCAUGUCCAACAAACACGGAUGGACCUGGUCGGUUCCAAAGUUCAUGAAGAGGAUGAAGGUUCCAGACUACAAAGACAAGAAUGUGUUUGGUGUUCCUCUGAUCGUUCACGUCCAGCGCUCUGGUCAGCCCCUCCCCCUCAGCCUGCAGCAGGCCCUCCGAUACCUCAGGAGCCAGUGUCUAGACCAGGUGGGUCUGUUCCGUAAGUCUGGUGUGAAGUCUCGUAUCCAGGCGCUGAGGCAGAUUAAUGAGUUGUCUCCUGAUAAUGUCAGCUACGAGGACCAGUCAGCGUACGACGUAGCAGACAUGGUCAAACAGUUCUUCAGAGACCUGCCUGAACCUUUACUGACCAGCAAGCUGGGAGAGACCUUCCUACACAUCUACCAGUAUGUUCCUAAGGACCAGCGGUUGCAGGCUGUGCAGACGGCCAUCAUGCUGAUGUCAGACGAGAACAGGGAGGUGCUCCAGAUGCUGCUCUGCUUCCUGUCUGAUGUCACUUCCUCUGUGGAGGAGAACCAGAUGACUCCCAUGAACAUUGCUGUGUGUCUGGCCCCAUCCCUGUUCCACCUCAACAUCCUGAAGAAGGACAACCUCUCACCCAGGGCCAUGCAGAGGAAGUACGCAACAGGCCGGCCCGACCAGAAGGACCUGAAUGAGAACCAUGCCGCAACGCAGGGACUCGCCCACAUGAUUAUAGAGUGCAACCGACUGUUUGAGAUUCCUCACGAGAUGGUGACUCAGUCCAGGAACUCGUACGUGGAGGCGGACCUUCACGCUCCCACCUUAGAGGAGCUCUGUAGACAGCAGGAGGAGGAUGAUGCGUCCUACCAGACAGAGGCCAGACCCUGCCAGACACACACAGAGACCAGACCACAGAACCUGUACCAGAGCUACAUAGAGAGCAGGCUCCAGGAGCUCCUGAAGGAGGCCAGAGAGAAGGCUAAGGGCUGGGUGUCCUGCACCAGCUCAGACAACACUGAGCUCUACUGUAAGAAGGUGGGUGAUGGGAACCCUUUGCGGCGGUGGCGUGUGGCGGUGGAGGUGGAGGCCCCUCCCUCGGUGGUGUUGAACCGCGUGCUGCGAGAGCGCCACCUGUGGGAUGUGGACCUGCUGCAGUGGAAGGUAGCUGAGACUCUGGACAGAUACACUGAGAUGUUCCACUAUGUCCUCAACCGCAUGCCACCACACCCCAGCAGAGACUUCCUGGUCCUACGGUCGUGGAGGACUGACCUUCCUAAGGGGACGUGUGCAUUGGUGUGUGUGUCUGUAGAACAUGAGGACUGUCCCCGGGUUGAUGGGGUGAGGGCCGUGGUUCUAGAGUCUAACUACCUUCUAGAACCCUGCGGCUCUGGGAAGUCCAGACUCACUCACAUCUGCAGGGUGGACCUCAAGGGGAGGAGUCCAGAGUGGUACAACAAGGCCUUUGGUCACCUCUGUGCUGCUGAAGCUGCUCGCAUUCGCAACUCCUUCCAACCAAUCAGCACAGAGGGCCCAGAGACCAAGAUCUGACAUUAGAGUCUUCCAUCCAUAGAGCUAGACCCACCCAUACCUGG